AUGUCUGCAGCAGAGUCGCAGAUGGAUUCGCAGUCGUUGCAAGACGAGAGCACGUUGGACCCUGGCUCGCCGCAGGAUACCGUGGACGACGACAAUAGAUCAUCGUCGUCGUCUCAGGACCUUCUGCAAAGCAUGGACGAGAUUUCCUCCGGAAGCCUGUCGCCGGAUACGACCGACAGAGCGUCCCCGCUCGAGAGCGGCAUUGGCACCGCCAGUCCUCCAAGAAGCACCGAUCGACGGAUAGUUAAGCCCCCGUCCUCCGGCAAGUGCCACCGCAAAGAGACCUGGGAGAGGAUUCGGCGGCGGCCGUCGAAAUUGAACUCGAGGAACGACAAACACUCGCAGGACGUGUGGAUCAAACGCGAGAGCGUGCACACGCAGACGAAGGAGAUCGAGGACCGAUACUCGCAGGACGCGGUGGACAGCAGCAGCGGCCUCGACGACACCCUGCCGAGGAUCAAGCCCCCUCGGCCGAACAAUCUGCCUCUGUGUUUGUCCACCACGGCGAGCAGUUCGCUCAGCUCUGGGGAAUUAUUGGAAACACCUCCUAGAGCACCGUCCUCCCCUUCCGCGGCGAGUCUUCAACUGAAACCGGAACCUCUGAGCGUGGAAAUGGGAGGGAAAAGCAGCAGCGCCCCCUUGUUGGAGAACAACGACGCGGAGAAGACGAACGGGACGGUGCCGGUAAGUUCUGUCCUCCAAUUUUAUGCUAUUAUAUAUCUUGUUCUUUGUUAAAUAUUAAAAUUAAAUAUUAAAAUUUUAUUCGACUAAAUAUUUCGCAACAAGAGACAAUAUCGUGCAAUAUUUAACCUAAUCUAAAGUAAUCUAAAAUUCUUGAGAGAAAAUUCCUCGCAGCGUGUUAGAAUCCUGUCGUCUCAAGUUGAAUCGAACGAAAUUUUAUACAGUUAAAUGGACGAUUUCUUUCGUACAAAUAAAUAACUAUCCAUUGGAAGAAUAUUAACGAAUUGAACAAUCAACUUCAGAACAUCUACGCCAAGAAGAAGUAA